GGGCGGAGCCUCCGCGGGGCCGGCCAGACCACAGGUCCGUAGCCGGCGCCGAAGCCAGAGCCGCGUGAACCGAGCGAAGGCUGCGCCGAGGCCGCGGUGCCCUGCCGGGCUUCCCCAGCCGCCGCCAUGGGCAUCAAAUUUUUAGAAGUUAUAAAACCUUUCUGUGCGGUUCUACCAGAAAUUCAGAAACCUGAAAGGAAAAUCCAGUUUAGAGAGAAGGUACUAUGGACUGCUAUAACCCUCUUUAUUUUCUUAGUAUGUUGUCAGAUACCACUGUUUGGAAUCAUGUCAUCAGAUUCUGCAGACCCUUUCUACUGGAUGAGAGUUAUUCUUGCUUCCAAUAGAGGAACUUUGAUGGAAUUGGGUAUCUCCCCAAUUGUAACAUCUGGUUUAAUUAUGCAGUUGUUAGCUGGAGCCAAAAUAAUUGAAGUUGGAGACACACCCAAAGACAGAGCUCUAUUCAAUGGGGCCCAGAAACUAUUUGGUAUGAUCAUUACCAUUGGGCAAGCCAUUGUGUAUGUCAUGACGGGGAUGUACGGGGACCCUGCAGAAAUGGGCGCUGGGAUCUGUCUGCUUAUCAUUAUACAGUUGUUUGUUGCUGGUUUGAUUGUGCUGCUGUUAGAUGAGCUGCUACAGAAGGGUUACGGCUUGGGGUCUGGUAUUUCCCUCUUUAUUGCCACCAACAUCUGUGAAACCAUUGUCUGGAAGGCCUUUAGUCCCACUACCAUUAACACUGGCAGAGGUACUGAGUUUGAGGGUGCAGUCAUAGCUCUGUUUCAUUUGUUGGCCACCAGGACAGACAAAGUCAGAGCUUUAAGGGAGGCAUUUUACCGGCAGAACCUACCCAAUCUCAUGAAUCUCAUUGCUACUGUUUUUGUGUUUGCUGUUGUUAUAUAUUUUCAGGGAUUUCGUGUUGACUUGCCCAUCAAAUCGGCCCGGUAUCGAGGACAGUACAGUAGCUAUCCCAUCAAGCUUUUCUACACAUCCAACAUUCCCAUCAUUCUCCAGUCUGCCCUGGUUUCAAACCUCUAUGUUAUAUCCCAGAUGCUCUCUGUGCGGUUCAGCGGCAACUUCUUAGUUAACUUACUGGGACAGUGGGCUGAUGUCAGUGGGGGUGGACCUGCUCGUUCUUACCCGGUUGGAGGCCUCUGUUACUAUCUUUCUCCUCCUGAGUCCAUGGGCGCCAUAUUUGAGGAUCCUGUCCAUGUGGUUGUUUACAUCAUCUUCAUGCUGGGGUCAUGUGCAUUCUUUUCUAAGACAUGGAUAGAGGUCUCUGGGUCCUCAGCUAAAGAUGUAGCUAAACAGCUUAAAGAACAACAGAUGGUAAUGAGAGGUCACAGAGAUACAUCUAUGGUCCAUGAGCUCAAUAGGUACAUCCCUACUGCGGCUGCAUUUGGAGGUCUGUGCAUUGGUGCCCUGUCGGUGUUGGCUGACUUUCUGGGAGCCAUUGGGUCUGGCACUGGAAUUUUGCUUGCAGUUACUAUUAUUUAUCAGUAUUUUGAAAUAUUUGUUAAGGAACAAGCUGAAGUUGGUGGGAUGGGUGCUUUGUUUUUCUAAAUGUUCAAGUUACUUCUUUUUGUGUGUGUGAAAGGGAAAAUAUUUUGACAUAUUGUUUUUGUCAAAAAAUGCUGGUUUCCCCCUUCCUUCCCUCAGUUUGUUUUCAAGUGCUACUGUCCCAUUUCUAUGGGCACCAAGCUAAGCCUGUGAGCAGCAUUAGUACCAGCUGCCUUAAAACUCAAGUUUACAUUAUUCGUUAAACAUGUCCAGUGUUGCCCAUAAUGCUGGAAACUGAAGCAUCUACCUUGCUGUGUUAAGUCAGGACAGUGAGUCGGUGACCUGGAUUUGUUUUGCACACAACAUUCAGAAUGAUUAUCCCCCUUGUUUAAAAAUAAAUGUAGUUCAAAUUGCCACUUCCAGUAUUUUUGAGCUUAUCUAAUGAGUUCUGGAACAUUUAUAUCUGAUCUAUAUUUUAGAUAAUUACUUUUUAUACUUUUUUAUCUCAUAGUAUCCAUGUUCCCUGCCCUCCCUGUCCCCCUCCCUCCUUUAUUUGUCCCUUCCCAAAGCAGCCACUUAGCCCAAUGGGCAAAAAUCAAGCACUGAAGUUAUUUCUUGUCGCUGGCAACACCUGCGUCUCAUCUUCCUGGUUCUCAUCACUUUCCAGAGACAGCACGGUGGGUGCUGUUUGGACUGUAUUGGCUAUGCCUCCGAUUCCACCCAGUCACUUGAGAAUGCUUUCAACACACCACGUCCCAAUUCUUUUCUUUUCUAAGUCCCUAAAGCAAAGAUCUAAUUCUCAAGCAAUGUCUGUAGUUCAAUGGGGGUGAACAAUGAGUAAUUCAUGCUAGGAAUUUGUCUGUUGUUGUACUUAUAGCAGCAACAUGAGUGUAAACAGUAGACAAUAAACUUUUAUUUAAUAAAACCGUUUCAGUCGUGUUAGAAUCAAGAAAUAUCAUAUUGAGUGUUUUCUAAAAUUAUUUGUAUGGGUUCACUGUAUGUAUAUGGAACCGGUGGUUCUCUGGUCACUGCUAACCACAUUAACAUGGUGCCAAUGUUACUUUUUCAAAAGGUAGAAAUGCAGCUUUUAAAAAUGCAGGCAAAUUGAUUUUAAACAGUGCUGAAUAGUGAAAACAUCCAGGCUGUCAGUUCUCACACUUUGUCUUCAAGACAGAGCUUUUUUUUAUGCCCAACCUUGGAGGUCUAACUCAUGGCCUGGUUGUUGUUCCUGGGCUUUUUUUCAAGGCUAGUCCUCUACCACUUGAGCCACAGCUCUACUUCCAGCUUUUUGGUGGUUACUUGGAGUUAAGACUUCAAACUACUUCAAUUUUCAGCUCUCAGCCUCCUGAUCACAGGCUAGGAUCACAGCGUGAGCCAUCAAUGUCUGGGUCUCAAGGCCAAGCUUUUGAAGUUCACAUCAGGGAUGUCCAAGGGGUUAGCAGUCACUUCCGUGACUGACAGAGGCCAGGUAGAGGUGACAGACUUCAUUUCUCCAUUCACCUUUAAGGUCACUGCUACUGGAGUGACCUUGGAAUUAGUGGUCUGUGGGAAUGGUUGGUCUGUGCCAGUUUUUCUUGUCUGUGAUUUCAGAGGAUGGGAGUAAUGGGAAAUUUCAGAAUGCACUCCUGAGAAAUCAUAGUAACAGAAUAUAGCCUUUGGAGAAUUGUGAUGCCCAUGGUUCCCAAUCUGGAUGUAGAUAGAUCUUGCUCUGUUCCUCAGGCUGGCCUUGCAUUCACAUCCUCUAGGAGCCUCAGAUUACAGGUAUGUAAUACUGUGUCUGGCUAGGUACUUAACAAAAACGUUAUUCUUACUGAUUUUACAUUCUCUACUGUAUAUCCAAAUUCCACAUAGCAAAUAAUUAUUAGGUCCCUAUGUAGAGGUCUUUCUCUUAAAAGAAAAAACAUUCUAGCUUAAAACACGAAUGCAAUGGCAUUGUGUUUUAGGGAAUGAAGGCUGGAAAAAUUGGCCUAGCUUGGAAUUCAGGUCUGAUUUCUUAUAGAAAUUUUCUAAUUUCCUGGACUAGGUGUUAAAAGUAGCAGUUGAGGUUAAAAAAGCAAUGAAAGUGAGGGGCUAGGAAUAUGGCUUAGUGGUAGAGUGCUUGUC